UGGCUGUGUUACCUAAUGAUUUUUUUUCUUUUAUUUCUUUGCUCUAUCUCCUCUCCCAACUCAUCAGUGAGUUUCAAGAAAACAACAAAACCAUUCCCCACUGAGCCUCAGGAGGACCUGAAGAAAGAGUUGCAGGACUUCAGGAAAAUGUUAAGGAAGCGAACUCCACUACCUACACAGAAGAAGGAAGUUGACAUGGAACAGGUCUGGCAGUUGCUGCUGAAUGCCGAUAGGAAGGAUUAUGAGAAAAUCUGUUUAAAGCAUGGGAUUGUUGACUUCUGUGGGAUGCUGAGGAAGCUUCAGCAGAUGAAGAAGGACAGAGAGGACAAGCAACAACAGUAUAUCUACAGUGUCACAAACCUCAAACACAUCAAGGUCAAUAAGGAAGGGAAUGCUACAUUCCAUCUAGAGAUGGACCUGAAAAAUCCUGAGAGCAGAAUUUACCUGUACAAGCAACCCCUUUGGUUGAUUAAGGAGCAAUAAUUGAAGUGGGAGUCCCAUCCAGUUGUCCUCUGCUGGUGGAUGUGGCAUGAAACCUGAAGCGCAGAAGAUGAAGGGGUUACAAUAAAGAUUCAAGUCCAUCAGGGUCCUCCAUGGAAAUUCAAGAACCCCACAGGCAAUAAAUUGAUGCCUGCAGUCUCAAAUCAGCAAAUUCAGACUAGUCUCAAUCAUUUUGAUGGGCAUUGUGUCCCGGUCUUCUUU